AACCUGAAGCGGGUGGCUGAGACUUGGAUGGAUGAAUUCGCCGAGUACAUUUACCAGCGGCGCCCAGAAUACAGGCACCUCUCCACCGGGGACAUCUCCGCCCAGAAGGAGCUGCGCAAACAACUCAAGUGCAAGGACUUCAAAUGGUUCAUGGCGGCAGUGGCCUGGGAUGUGCCUAAGUACUACCCUCCGGUGGAGCCCCCACCGGCUGCCUGGGGGGAGAUUCGAAACGUGGCAGCAAAUCUCUGCGUGGACAGCAAGCAUGGAGCCACAGGCACUGAACUGAGGCUGGACAUCUGUAUCAAGGAUGGUUCUGAAAGGACGUGGUCUCAUGAACAGCUCUUUACUUUUGGGUGGAGAGAAGAUAUUCGACCCGGUGAGCCACUGCACACCCGAAAAUUCUGCUUCGACGCAAUCUCGCACAACAGUGCGGUCACUCUCUAUGACUGUCACGGCAUGAAGGGGAACCAGCUCUGGGGAUACAGAAAG